GCCGCCCGCCCCGCUCACUCGGGCGGCGGCCGGCGGCGGGCGAGGAGCCGCGCAGAGCCCCCCUGCGCGCCGGCACGCAGCGCCAUGGUCUCGUGGAUCAUCUCCCGGCUCGUGGUGCUGAUAUUUGGCACUCUUUACCCUGCAUAUUAUUCUUACAAAGCUGUGAAAUCAAAGGACAUCAAAGAAUAUGUCAAAUGGAUGAUGUACUGGAUCAUAUUUGCACUCUUUACGACAGCAGAGACGUUCACGGAUAUCUUUCUUUGCUGGUUUCCAUUCUACUAUGAACUCAAAAUAGCUUUUGUAGCUUGGCUGCUCUCUCCAUAUACAAAAGGUUCCAGCCUCUUGUACAGAAAAUUUGUUCACCCAACACUGUCUUCAAAAGAAAAGGAGAUUGAUGACUGCCUUGUCCAGGCAAAAGAUCGGAGCUACGAUGCCCUUGUGCACUUCGGGAAGCGGGGGCUGAACGUCGCGGCCACAGCAGCUGUCAUGGCAGCUUCCAAGGUCUCUCAGUUACUUCAUUUACACUUGUAUUUGGACCAGAAAGAAGGGCAGGGACAAGGGGCUCUGUCUGAGAGACUAAGGAGCUUUAGCAUGCAGGACCUCUCGACGAUUCGCGGAGACAGCAGCAGCACUGUUCCUCCUUCAGUCACUGUACGAACAAGUAGCAAACAGAGCCAGCCAAAAACAUCCAGAAGUGCAUCGGAAGGCACUGGCAGCUCAGAUGUGGACAAUAAGUAUGAAAAGCCACGUGAGGCAAACUGUGAAGCAAAAAGCUUUGUGUUCUCAGACGAUGAAGAGAACAAUUUAUUGGAUUGUGCGUCCACGAACAAAAAGCCCAAAAAGAAGGAUCAGCCUCUGGAGGCACCGCCUAGAACCCUUAGACCUCGCUUCAGGAAGAAAAGUACCUCGUCCUCCGCCACUGAAACAAUGUGAGUGCAAUGAGCCAAUAGCACCAAGAUCCACAGAAUGUCUCUCUUCUGCCUUAAAGAGCUACGUGUUCAUAAUGUAGAAAACAGCAGUGGGAUGGAUGUGCUUCGAUGUACAGCAUUGUAGACAUGGCCUUUCUCUCUCCUCUCUCUGUAGCCUUCUGUUAAACGCUUCUACACGCAUUUGUCCGCAACGUGGUUAGGGCAAUCUGACAGAUCCCUGCAGAGUACGAGUCCUUGUUUCAUACGCAGAAUAUACACCCGCUCACGCUACUCCUGUAGGGCUGUACAUUUAUAAUUCUUAUUUGUGUCUGCAUAGCUCUAGCUCUGUGAAUGCACAGUAAAAACAAAACUAAUCAAUUGCUCACAAUGAUACAUUAACAGUGUAUUUACUUAUGGCUUUAUCAUUAAUGAAGUGCAUUUGCAGAAGCCAUGGAUUUCUCUUCCCUCUCUUCCUCCUCAAGAAUGUGAAUGAUGAUAGAGCAAAUGUUGAAUUAUUUUGACUGUACAAAAUGUCCACGAUUCAUUAGUGAAAGCUGAACUGCAACUCCAUUUCUCUUUCUGCAAAUCAAUCACGUGUUCUGAGAAAAUGAUUGUGCUAAAAAUGUAGAGACAGACCCACUUAGAGAGGAUGAGGAAGAGAUGCUCAAGAGAAAAUUAAUGGUUUCAGCAACGUAAUGAAGGAGGAGUCUUAAUUUUGAUCAGUCUGAGCCAAGAGAGUAUUGUGUGGAAAAUGAUGGAGGCUAGAAGAACUAAAUCGUAUUGCUUGUUGCAAAUGUUCUACUGCCAGUUUUAAAGUAUGAGUAAGCCAGGCUCGUAAUAGCUGCAGCAACAGAAGUUAGAAUGAUUUUAGUGACUUAUUUCCAGGGGAAAAAAAAUGCACCUUUCUCCCCAACAUGUAACAACUUCAGCUCCAGUGUUCUGCUUUCCUGGUGUGGUGCUGGAGUUUUACUUACACCAGCAGAGCGGGGCAUUGAGUCUGAGCUACCUUUUGAGUCCUGCAGUUUUGCCUGUAGCAUGGAGUUUGGUUAGAAUCACAAGAACCAGAUUGAAUGGUGUAUUUGUAUCCAUAUAUAAAUGAGAAAUAUAAAAGAAGAGGAAGACGUUGUAGGAUUUGUGUAUUUGUGCUUCAAGUUGGUGUCUCUUGUAAGUGUUGAGCAUGUGAAAUUCACACAUAAGUUAACUACGUGACUCUUUGUGUUUGCUCUCAGACCUGUCUCAUAGACUAGAAAAACAUUUAGCAUUACGCAGAAGUGCCAUCACUAAUGGCUCAAUACACGGACGUGAUUAGGAAUAGCACUGUUGAUCUCAUGCAGGUGCAGCAGUCCAGGAUGCCAGUAGCCGGUUGGAGUGUAUCAGGCUCAGAAGUAAAUCUGAAGUGGCCUUUAAAAACUUUUCUCUGCCGGAUAUGCGUCCGUAUCCCAGUUUUCCCUUUCUAAUGCAUCCUCGAGGUUUUCCUCAGAGCUUCCAGGGUAUGUGGGGAAGAGAGGAAUAAACUAUGCGCACACACAAAUGUUUAUCUGACCUGGCUAGGAAGCGGAGAAAACAAGCAGGUAUUUCCUGCGUUUGCCACAGUAUUUGGCUCCAUUACCUGAGAAUUUUAUUUCUUUUACUUAUGCUAAUUCAAUCAUAUUUUGAAAUUGAUAAGAAGGAAAAAGUUUUCAGAAGGUAAACUGAAAACAAAAUCUGUCUAAAUAGCAAUUGCAAAAAGUCAAUCCUUAGAAGAUACACAGUAAAAGCUUUGAGGAGCUAACCUUGUGUGUUUUAUUUUUAAGCAGCUUUAGAGUUUAUUUGAUUUCUUUUGGCGUUUAUUUGAUUUCCUUUGGCGAACAUUUAAAGAAAGAAAAAAACUGCUUGCAGUGUUAGCAGAAAAUAAAAUCCUGUUGCAGGCAAGCUAUGUUUCCCUGCUAUGCAAUAGGCUGCCAUAAAAUAAAAAAGCUGACAAGUUUGCACUCAAUUAUGCCAAAAAAUUAAAAACAUCAAGCUACAUAACAUCUGACAAAUUCUAUUCUCAGACACGCUGUAUUAACAUUGAUUCUCACUAAAAUUAUUAAAUGUGCGUCUAAUCUGCUGUUUUACUGUAAACUUGACUGUUUAGAUUUUCUUAAGUGCUGAGGUGAAAUUGUUGACAAGGGAGUUGCCUUAUAUCUCUCAAAACAUUCACUGUAUAAAUGAGAAAAAAACUUUUCAUAUCUCUGGCAAAAAUAUAUUAAUUUAUCAGCUGAGCUGUAUAUUUGUGUAUAGACAGACAGGAAAUGUGAAUGCCUAAACACUUGCACUUAGUGCUGUAGUGUUCUGUAUACAGAAUAGUGGUCAUUUGCUUUUAAUUCCUCAUAUUCCACACACAGGUUGUUUACAGAUGUUGCCCCAACUUUGUCAUUUUACUGCUUUGCUAUUGCAUUUAUUCAGAAUAAACACCAGCCAUGAA